CAAGGCGGUUAGAGUACUAAUGUACAUGUGGACCCUGGAGAGGUGAGUGGCAGAGCAAACCUCAGUGGUUUAACUGAGGACUUUCUUCAUAAUCUUUCAAAUGUGUUUGUGUGUGUGUGUUCAUCUGGAAAAAAGGAAACCAGAAACACUUUUGAGCAACCAUGGAGGACAUACCCGUCAAGUGACCCUCACCUGGACUAGCCACACCUCCUACACUGAGGUCACAAACCAAAGGUCACUUCAAUCAUUUCAGAUUCUCCUGUUACACUUCGCCGGUGCGACUUAACAGCGACACACCACACAUAAAAGCCAGACAACAUUAGACCACUUGAAUAUGCUGUAUGAAUGAACACCACACAUAUUAACUGUGAGCCAUGUCCAGAGUGGAGGCUUUUGAGGAUCCCGACCCCCGUUCCCAGCUCAAGGAAUUCCGCACGGACAUCUCCAUGGUGAUUGAUGAUCCCUUCCCACUGCUCUAUGGGUUGGUGGACCGCAGCAUCAUCAGCGACCAAAUUCUGAAGGAGACCCUGGAGAGGGAAGGCAGAGAGGGGAUCCACAAGGCCAUGUACUCCCUGCUUUCCAGGCUCCUGGAGCAGAGUAGGACCACCAUCCAGGCCUUCUGGACCAACCUGGCCAAGGACUACAACCAGCACAGCUACCCCAGACUGCAGGCCCUCCUGACCAGCAUUCAACCAGGUAGGGAGAUGGUGGGCUCCAAGCAGGGGAAGAGAUCCCCGCGAGGGUCUCGAGAGUCCCACAGCAGGAAGAGGAGCCUGGGGGAGAGACACCCUCAUCACCCUCACCACUCUCAGCACCACAGCAAAAGUGGCAAAGUGAAGUCAGUGAAGAAAAGUGAAGUAGCAGGUGUCCAGGCGGUGUCCACCUCGGUCCAGAGGGCAGUCACUCUGUCGUCCAGUGAGCUGCCGGUCAGCUGUGGGGCCAGAGAGGAGAUCCUCAUCAAACAGGUGUUUGGAUCUGGAAGUGCCAAAAAGUGCAUUAAAGUGGGUGGUGAGUAUUACACCUCUGGGCCAUUGGAUGAGCUGACUGGAGGCCUCAAGACAAAGUCUGUAAAUACUAAAUACCACCACAAGGAGGAGUCCAGCACCAGGGUUAGAGACGCCCAGCGUAAUGAUGAUGAGUGUGCAGUGUGUAAAGAUGGAGGUGAGCUCAUCUGUUGUGAUGGCUGUCCCAGGGCCUACCACCUGACCUGCCUAGACCCUCCCCUCACCACAAUACCAAGUGGUACUUGGCGCUGUCAGUCAUGUCAUAGCAAUAAGGUGAGAAGAGAGAGAAUCUACCCAGUACUACCUGUUCAGCCCUUGGCUCAGAGCCAGUUGACAGAGACCAGCUCCAGUAACUCCACCAUAGACUUCUCCUUCUUCUCUUCCUUAUCCUCCACCUCUCACUCCAGCGUCACCACAACCAAGAGCGGUCAGGUCUGUGCAUAUCAGUGUGCAGGUGGCGAGGUGGUGGAGGUCAGGGAGACGUGUGGGGUUUGCCUCCUCAGUGGAGGAGACCUGGCCCUCUGUCUCCAGUGCCUACAGAAGUACCACACCUACUGCCACUUCCCAAAUGGGAGGUCCAUCUGCUCCUCCUGCAGUAGGCCCUGGGGCAGCUCAACAGACAGAGAGGCGGAAUCCAAGGGCUUACAGGUACUGUCUGUGUGUGUGUGUGUGUGUGUGUGUGUGUAUUUGGUCAUUAUACAGUCUUAUUUUCUCUCUCAACCACUGUACACCCAGGUUGGUCUGACUCCACACACUCAGGAGCACUCGUCUCUCUCAGAGCCCAUCCUACACAAGGAUGAACUAGACUCCAUCAUGGGAGAGCAGGGCUCCAUCGACGGGAUCCUGCAGUGGGCUUUCCAUAACAUCUCCAGGCCUCUCUCGGACACUCAGGGCUACUUCCAAUGACAUACACACACUCGCACACACACACAACAAGCUCAAAACACAUGCUAUGAUCUCACACAAGCACAAUCCCUCUUUCUUUUUAUCUCUCUAUCUCUCUGUAUCUCUGUCAUUCUUGAAAGAAGAAGCCACAGUUCAACAUAACAGAUGAUUUCAUUUCUAUUGCUCCAGACACUGAGAAUGCCUCAGUUCUAGAAUUUCCUGAAGACCGUCACUUAGCUCAGGAAUGUUGUUUUUGUACAUUUUCAGGAGUUUAGCAUAACUCCACGAUGGAUGCAGUGCAAUGGCGUUUAUUCUCGACGGCACAUUAAAGAAACCGUCUAUAUUUUGAGACUCCUAGCGGGGGCUCACUUCUCAUAGGCUAGAUGUCAGAUGUAAAUCCGGGACACUCAAAUGAGUAUGAUUCAUGUAUGCAGAUGAUACAGUGAUAUAUGUGCAUGGAAAGAACAAACAACAAGCUGCACAAGAACUCACUACUGUAAUGGUCCAGGUUACAAAGUGGCUCAGUGACUCGUGUUUGCAUCUCAAUGUGAAAAAAACUGUUUGCAUGUUCUUCACAAAGAGGGCAACAUAUGCUACUGAGACAGAUGUCUAUGUGUCAGGGGAGAAGCUCCAGGGGAUAUCUGAUUUUAAGUACCUUGGCAUCAUACUUGAUUCCAACCUCUCUUUUAAAAAGCAUGUGAAAAAGGUAAUUCAGAUAACCAAAUUCAACCUAGCUAAUUUCUGAUUCAUACGAAAUUGUUUGACUACAGAGGUAGCAAAACUGUACUUCAAAUCUAUGAUACUCCCCCACUUAACAUACUGCUUGACUAGUUGGGCCCAAGCUUGCUGUACAACAUUAAGACCUAUUCAGUCUGUCUACAAACAGGUUCUCAAAGUGCUUGAUAGGAAGCCCAAUAGCCAUCAUCACUGUUACAUCCUCAGAAAGCAUGAGCUCCUGAGUUGGGAAAAUCUUGUGCAAUACACCCCUCCACUCAGUAUUUUUGUUAAACAGAAAACCCAAACAUAUGGCAGCAGAUCCACAAGGUCUGCCAUGAGAGGUGACUGUAUAGUUCCCUUAAGGAAAAGCACCUUUAGUAAAUCCGCUUUCUCUGUCUGGAAUAGACUGCCAUCAGACACACAUAACUGCACCACAUAUCACACUUUCACAAAAUGCAUGAAGACAUGGCUAAAGGUCAAUCAGAUUUGUCAACAUAAUCCCUAGCUGUGUAUUGCCGCUUUCCAUGUUGUCUGUUGUCUGUAGCUUGUGAGGUGUGGAAACACUUUGUUGCUUUUAUGAAUUGUGUCUUACUGCUUUUUGUUCUAUGUUGCUCUGUCUGUAUGCUACUUCUUGCUUGUCCUAUGUUGCUCUGUUUGUAUGCUAUGUUUUGCUUGUCCUAUGUUGCUCUGCGUGUGCUCACUGCUCAAUGAUUGUUUAUAUUGUAAUUGUUUUUAAUAACCUGCCCAGGGACUGCGGUUGAAAAUUAGCUGGCUUGCUAAAACCGGCACUUUUACUGAAACGUUGAUUAAUGUGCACUGUCCCUGUAAAAAUAAAAUAAACUCAUAUGUUA